CUGGGUGGGUGCACAGGUGUGCGCGUGUGUGUGCUUUCAGUGCCAGUAUUUAAGCAGCAAGGCCAGACUUUCUCCCCUCAUUUCCUCUGCCAUCAUGGAUCUGAAAGUUGCAUCUGUGAUUGUCUGUCUGUGUGCUUUGGCCAUCACCUCUACUGAAGCUGGCAUCCCAAAAUGCUGCAUCAGAGUGAAUAGGAACAUCUCUGUACGACUGCUGCUGAAAGUUAAAAGAUGGGAUAUUCAGGAAAGCAGCAGUGCCUGUGACAUCAAUGCACUGAAACUGUAUGUGAAGAUGAGGAAGACGCCCAUAUGUGCUGAUCCUAUGGUGAUGUCUGACCUAGAGAGGGUCCACAAGCAGAUGAAGCAGAAUAAGUGGAAUGCAAUUAAGUGAGCUGUGGAAUGAAACAUUUCAUGAAAUUUGUCUGUGUAUUGUGUUUUCUACAGUUAGUGUUUCAAGAGCUUGUGUCAUACAGAAAUCCUCAUGGUUGUUUCUUUUUAUUGAUUAUGAAAACUAUCCAAAUUAACUUGUGAAAAGCAACUACUUGCUACCACAUUUAUACAGUGGUGGAAAGUAACUAAGCACAUUUACUCAAGUACUGUAAUGUCCAAUUUACAGAGGGAAAUGUUGAACUUUUUACUCCACUACAUUUAUUUAACAGCAAUAGUUAGCUUUCCGAUUGAGAUUUUACAUACAAAACAUAUGAUCAGUUAUAAAAUCUGAUGCACUGUUAUAGAUGAAACUACCCAACAGUAUAUGAAGCGGUUCAAAUCAGCUCCACCUGGAAAGUCUGCAACAUUAAAGUACUGCUUACAUGUUCAUGCAUCAAUAAUAAUGUUCCAAUAAGAUAAUAUAGUACUGACAGGGGCAAUUCUGCUUUAUGAGUACUUUUACUAUUAAUACUUUAAGUAUAACUUGUUGCUAAUACUUGUGUACUUUUACUUAAAUAAAAUUAUGAACACAGGAGUUUUACUUAUAGUAGUGGUAUUGCUACUUUUACUUAAAUAAAUGAUGUGAAUACUUCUUCCACCACUGCUUUUAUACAAUCAUUGUAAAAAUCUCUGUGAAAUGUGAUUUCUGUAUUAUUUUUCUUUUAUGUUAUUUUUAUGUGCGCCUCCAGAUGUAGUAGUGGUGAUGACUGUCUAGCAAUAGUCAAACUAUCAACAGAGUUUUGAAUAUGCUGCUUUUGACAAAUAAUAUUCAGUAAUUUCAGAAAGAUACAGGUCAAAAUAAUGUAGACAUCAAGGAUCUGCAUAAGUUUUGGUUGUUUUCUAGCUAUACCAAUAAACGCAGUCAGAAACCCCCAACCAGAGGGAGGUAGACAAUUGGUAAGUCACUACUGAUAAAGUUAUUAGGAUCAGUCAUCUGAGCCUCAAACACUGAGCAUGAUAUUUGAUAAUAAGUUUCUACUGAGUGUUAGUUCUUUGUCAUAGCUUAUUUGUACAAGAUGACAGAUGAGAGCAAGAAACUCCGGAGCACCUAAAUACUACAGAUGGAACUUUAUGUAUCUGAAUCUAUAAAUAUUGUAACUUAUCCUUGGAAAUGUAACUCCAGAUCUUUCUAGAAGCGAAAGAAAAAAUUGAUUUGAACUUUCCUUGUCCUCUGAUGAUCAAAAUCCUGACUCUGCUCCCUCCUCUGCCAUGACUUAUCCCACAGAGACAAGCUGCUACAUACAGCAAAGGCUGUAAAACCUUCUGGGAAACUUAACUGAGCUCAUUUAUUUGAUUUAUUUGGUUUCAUUCCAAAAAACAGAGAAAAAGAGGUAAAAGAACCUAAUAACUCCUGUUACUGUUACUGAAUAGCCUGUUUUGUACUUUUUUGGAUAUCUUUUUAACUUUGGUAAAUGUUUUUGUUAAGUAUUGUACUUAAAUGCAUUUAAAGAUCUUUUACAGAGCACACAUGUUUUGUCAACUUUCCACUGUACAACAAUGUUUGAGUUUGAAUUUUGAGCUUUCAGCCUUUUAAAGUUGUAAAGAUCAUAACCAACAUUGGGGAGACAUUUUGCUCUUACUCUUAAUUUUGGAUCAUUACUUUUACUUACUUAAAUAAAAUUUCAUGAAAGGA